CUGAUUGCAGCCCACCAACAUAACAACUGCUGCAAUUUUAAAGUUUUUAGACGGUUUUUAAUGUAAAUUAAGUGCAAUUCGUGGUUAAAACAUUGUUAAAGUGCAUAAUAAACGCGUGUAGUAAAGAUAUGGAGGAUAUAUUUCACUGGUGCCGCGAGGGCAACUCAAUUCAAGUGCGCCUCUGGCUGGAUGAGACCGAGCAUGACAUGAAUUUGGGUGAUGAUCAUGGCUUCAGUCCACUGCACUGGGUGGCCAAGGAGGGGCAUGCCAAGCUUGUGGAGACGCUGUUGCAACGCGGCGCUCGCGUCAAUGCCACCAACAUGGGCGACGACAUUCCCCUACAUCUGGCUGCCGCCCACGGACAUCGCGAUGUGGUUCAAAUGUUGCUACGAGAGCGAUCGGAUGUGAAUGCUGUUAAUGAGCAUGGAAACACACCACUUCACUAUGCCUGCUUCUGGGGCUAUGACAUGAUAUGCGAGGAUCUGUUGAAUGCUGGUGCAUUGGUCAGCAUUGCCAAUAAGGAUGGUCACACGCCAGUGGACAAGGCCAAGCCAAGUCUGGGCAAGCGCAUGCAGGAUCUGGCCGAGAAGAGCGGCCAGGAGAUGAAGGUCAUCAGUUUCAAGGAGCAGAGUUGGCUGGGCAUGAAGACACGCUCCCGUGACGCCACCUUGUCGCGCUUCAAGGGCAUUAGCAUGGGUGAUCUGGAUCUGCACACGAAGCUGUCGGUGGCGCCCUCCGGAGAGACGUGGCGCGGUCGCUGGCAAAAGAACGAUGUUAUUGCCAAGAUUCUAGCUGUGCGUCAGUGCACGUCGCGCAUUUCACGUGACUUUAACGAGGAGUUUCCCAAGCUGCGCAUUUUCUCGCAUCCCAACAUUUUGCCUAUUAUUGGUGCCUGCAAUUCACCGCCCAAUCUGGUGGUCAUUAGUCAGUUUAUGCCACGCUCCUCGUUGUUCAAUCUGUUGCAUGGCGCCUCGGGCGUUGUGGUGGACACCAGCCAGGCCGUACACUUUGCUUUGGAUAUUGCACGCGGCAUGGCCUUUUUGCACUCGCUGGAGCGGAUUAUACCGACUUAUCAUCUGAACAGUCAUCACGUUAUGAUCGACGAUGAUCUAACGGCACGCAUUAACAUGGGUGAUGCCAAGUUCUCCUUCCAGGAGAAGGGACGCAUCUAUCAGCCUGCCUGGAUGUCACCAGAGGCGCUGCAACGCAAGCCGGCCGAUCGUAACUGGGAGGCCUCCGAUAUGUGGAGCUUUGCCGUGCUCAUCUGGGAGUUGACCACACGUGAGGUGCCCUUUGCCGAGUGGUCGCCCAUGGAGUGUGGCAUGAAGAUUGCACUGGAGGGACUGAGGGUUAAAAUACCUCCAGGAACCUCCUCGCACAUGUCUAAGCUCAUCUCGAUAUGCAUGAAUGAGGAUCCGGGCAAGCGACCCAAGUUCGACAUGGUUGUACCAAUCCUCGAGAAGAUGAAGCGCUAAUCCACAGUGCGAAAUGAAAAGUAAAAAUAGUUGCACCUUAAAAGCAACAUAGUUACGAAGCCAAAAUGUGCCUGUUUACAAAACUGUGUAGCUAAAAAGAAUAAUGAAAAGCGAAGCGGAGCGGAAGGAAAUGCUCCCUUAAUGUGUUUGCCAACUAAUUGUAAUUAUACUACUUUGUGUUAAUUAACUGAAACUUAACUGAAUCUAACCGACACCGCAAGUGCCUUAAAAUUCUACAGUCCAAUUUGAAAUAUUUACAGGUAAAUCUUUUACGUUUUCUUUUGUGUUCUUUCUGCCUCUCUAUGUGUAGUAUUUAUGUGUCAUUUUCACGUUUUGUUCUUAUGAAUUUUGAUAAUGUUUAGACGGUGCUCGAUUUUGUAUUCGUUUUAAGUUGAUUUAUAUAAAUACAUUAACAGUUAAGCCUUUAAAGUACGUAUUUAUAAAGCAUAUAUUUGUUACUAAUGAUUAAACGAAAUUUUGUGUACCUAUAAACCAAACU